AAGGUUUCUGGUGUUACUUAUUGAUGUCUAAGGAAAUUUACAUUUUUGCAUUUGAGUCCCUGUAGGAGGUGAUAUAUUACAGAGAGAUCCCUUUAUCAAAUCUCACAAGAAGUCCGAAAAGGUUUCCAGUUCUACUGCGCACCACUAAUAAUAAAAAUGGCUGGUGCUAUCACCAGUUUCAAAAUAACUCCACUGCUAAGAAGAACAACAGUUAUUCAAACAUUUAGAUUUCCUCUUUGCCUCGAUAACAAUCACUUCUCUCAACGAAAAGUUCAAUUUCUCAGUAAUCCUGCAAAUUUCCCUUCUGUUGCAGGUUUAUGUCAUCUGGUACAUGCUUCCAAAGGAGAUUCAUCUGAGGUUUUAAUUAAAGGAGUGGUAGACAAGAAUGUCCUUGAAGAUGUGAGGCGUGUACUUGAAAUGGCAAAACGGGCAUCGUCAAGAAGAGAAAUUGUCCAUACUGACUUUCUUACGCCACCAGUAUUGAAGGAAUCAAUGCACGCACUUGAAAAGUUAGCUGAUGUCAAAGCAGUAGCACAGGGAGGAUAUCCACAGGCUGAGCGUUGCCGUCUUUCAGUUGGACAUUCUGAAGCAAUGACAACUACUCCAGAUAUAGUUGACGCACUUAGUGUCACAGGAAAUUUUGGGCUUCAACCUUGUUCUCAUAGCGACUUCCUUGGCGCGAUACUUGGUACAGGGAUUGCAAGGGAAAAGCUUGGGGAUAUUCUCUUACAGGGUGAGAAAGGGGCUCAAAUUCUUAUUAUUCCGGAACUUGUGGACUUUCUAGUAACAGCGAUGGACAAGGUUGGUAAUGUUCCAGUUACGUGCACAAGGAUACCCUUGCUUGCUCUUGAAUAUGCACCACCAAGGACCAAAACAUUUAAAACUAUUGAAGCAUCAUUACGGUUGGAUGCUGUAGCCAGUGCUGGAUAUAAGAUUUCACGAUCAAAAUUAGUUGAUUUGAUAAGCAAGGGCGAUGUGCGCAUCAACUGGAGCCCUGUUACCAAAAAUGGAACGACUCUCAAGACUGGAGAUAUGGUGUCAGUUAGUGGCCACGGAAGGCUGAAGAUUGGAGAAAUAAACACAACAAGAAAGGGAAAGUUUGCAGUUGAGGUCAUACAAUUUUUAUGACGUUCAGUGUGCAUAGCCUUAUCGAGAUUCACUGUGUCUUCCUUCCCAAAAGUUUCCUCCAUGGUCUGUAUAUCAACCCAAGGGUGUAGGUCAGUCAUUUCUAUGCUGUGGAUUAAAACAUGCCGUGUUAAAAUAACAAUCAUCUGGUCCUAUUCAGAGCUACUUGCGAAUCCAUUAUAGUUUCUUCGGCGAAACAAAAAA